GGGCGCGGACGAGCCGGGGCUCCGGGUGCACGGCGGCGGCGGUGGCACCCUGUGCUGGCUGGAGGCCGCAGAGGCUCACCAUGCCCGGAAAACUCUAGCUCCCAUAGAGUCGGCCGACUUCUAGGCGGAGCCGCGGCCGCUGAUGAGCAGCCACCUGCAGAGCCCCCCGCCGGCGCCUAGCAGUGCCGCCUUCGGCUUUCGGGGCGCGGGCCCCGCGCAGUCUCUCGCCCCUCUUGCCGCCCAGGAGCCGCUGGGCUGCAUCUGCGAGCACUAGACGUCCACCGACAUCAGCGCCUACAUCGACCUGGCCGCCUUCAACGAGUUCCUGGUCGACCCGUUCCAGCACAGCCGGCAGCAGAAGGCCAAGGUGGCCACGGGCCCCGAGGGCGGCGGCGGCGGCGAUUUUGACUACCCCGGCGCGCAGGGCCCGGCUGCGCCGUCAUGCCCGGGGAAGAGCACUGGCCCCCCGCCCGGCUACGGGUGCGCGGCCGCCGGUUACCUGGACUGCAGGCUGGAGCCCCUGUACGAGCGCGUCUGGGCGCCGGCGCUGCGGCCGCUUGUGGUCAAGCAGGAGCCCUGCGAGGCGGACGAAGCCAAGCAGCUGGCGCUGGCCGGCCUCUUCCCCUACCAGCCGCCGCCCUAGCACCCGCACCCGCCGCCCACGCAUCUGGCUGCCCCGCACCUGCAGUUCCAGAUCGCGCACUGCGGCCAGACCACCAUGCACCUGCAGCCCGGUCACCCCACGUCGCCGCCCAGGCCCGUGCCCAGUCCGCACCCCACGCCCGCGCUCGGCACCGCCUGCCUGCGGCCCGGCGGCGCACUUAAGGGGCUGGGCGCUGCGCACCCAGAUCUCCGAGCCUGGGGCGGAACUCACUGA